AUGGCGCAUCUUUCUGUUCAGCAUCUUCACCACCAGGUGGCGGCAGAAGUCAAGGACAGCUCGCUGCUGUCCAUGUCUAUCGGCGUGAACCUCGUCCUCGCUAUGAGCCCAGAGGACAGCGGAGUUCUGGUUCUCAAUGUUUCCACCGGGGAGCAGCACCACUACAACAUCUGGCUCCCUGGUAUCUCCAUAGCUGCUGUCUACGGGGUCAUCAUUUUCGUGGGUCUGGUGGGAAACGUCACGUUGAUGAGGACGUGUCUGACGGUGAAGUCCAUGCGGACGGUGCCCAACUUGUUCUUGUCCAGUCUGGCUCUGGGGGACGUGCUGCUGCUGGUGACCUGCGCCCCGGUGGACGCCAGCCGCUACCUGGUGGACGAGUGGCUCUUCGGCCGCGUUGGAUGCAAACUGAUUCCGUUCAUCCAGCUCACCUCGGUGGGAGUCUCCGUGUUCACACUCACUGCUCUCUCCGCUGACCGGUACAAAGCAAUAGUCAGACCUCUGGACAGCCACACGUCCAGCGCUACAUUCACUUUCUUUUUUCGAGCGGGGGCCAUCUGGCUGCUCUCUGUGACCCUGGCGAUCCCUGAAGCUGUCUUCUCCGACCUGCACACCUUCACCACCAGCCACACCAAUGAGACAUUUGUGACCUGUGCGCCCUACCCCCACGCUGGGGAGAUGCACCCGAAAAUCCACUCCACCGCCUCCUUCUUCAUCUUCUACAUCAUCCCCCUCUUCGUCAUAUCUGUUUACUACUACUUCAUCGCUCGCAGUCUGAUCAGGAGCUCUGUGGACAUCCCUGCUGAAGGACACCUGCACCUCCAGAAACAGAUCAAGUCCAGAAAGCGUCUGGCCAAAACUGUGCUGGUGUUUGUCGGUUUGUUUGCCGUCUGCUGGCUGCCCAGUCAUGUGAUCUACCUGUACCGCUCCUACCACUACGACCAGGUGGAUACUUCGCUGGGCCACUUCAUCGCCAGCGUGUGCGCUCGCAUAUUGGCCUUCACCAACUCCUGUGUGAACCCAUUUGCCCUCUACCUGAUGAGCAAAAGCUUCAGCAAACACUUCAACAAGCAGCUUCUGUGCUGCACUUCUCCCAGACGCUUGUACAGUCAGAGCAGUAGGAGCACACAUAUAACCACCGUCUGA